CAACCUUCCACACCCUCUCCCCCUCCAAAAUGCGCAUCCCCUACGCCCCCUCCACUCCACCCGCAACCUCCCCACCCUCCACCUCAGAAAUCUACUCCCGCAUAGCCGCCCGCCGCGCCCCUCGACCUCUCAUCCCUCUCGAUCUCGCCCUCCUCCACAACCCCGCCAUCGCAGACGGCUACAAUUCUCUCAUGGGAGCCAUUCGAACCCAAUCGUCUUUUCCUCUGCAUUUGGCGGAAUUGGCUAUUUGUUAUAUUGCUGUGCUGAAUGGUGCUGUGUAUGAGUGGACCGCGCAUUCGAAAAUUUAUUUGAAGGCUGACGGUGGGAGGAGGGAGGUUUUGAAGGCGUUGUUGGAGUUGAAGGGGAAGUCGGUGGAUGGGAAUAGUAGUAGUAGUGGUGAUAAUGCGGGUUCGGGGGCGGUGUUGAGUGAAGACGAGCAAGAUGUGUUGCGGUUUACGGAGCAGAGUACGAAACAUGUGAAUGUGGACGAGGAGUUGGUGGAGAGGUUAAAGGGGAAAUUUACGGAUCAGCAGGUUAUGGAGUUGAUGAUUACGGUGGCUGGGUAUAAUAUGGUGAGCAGGUUCUUGGUGGGCUUGGAUGUGACGGAGAGUAAUGGGAAGGAGAUGGUCAUGCCUCCGGAGGAGGGAAAGUAGGUGUGCAGGUGGAGAAGAAGAGGUGAAGAGGAACGUGGAUGUGAAUGUGAUGAUGAUGAUAACGAACAUAGGAAAGCAAAUAGAAAGAGUGC